AUGACUUCCGCUGUUAGGGUUAUCGAACAGAUCAACGAGCAGCUGAUGUGCGCCAUUUGCUUGGAUCGCCUGACUGCUCCGGUGUUCCUAAAAUGCCUGCACACGUUCUGUUCACAAUGUUUGCAUAGAAUCGUCAAUAAUCACCCGUCAUCCUCGAUUACCUGCCCCACAUGCCGCGCAGAGACCCCGAUCCCGGACAAAGGAGUCGAUAUGCUAAUGCCAAACUUUUUUGUGAAUCAAAUGCUGGAUCUGGUUCACUUGAAAUCGGAAGAGCUGAAGAAAGAAAUACGCGAGGAGAAUAAAUGCCAAGCCUGUGAAAACGAGAAAACAGCGGACUUGGCCACUUCACGAUGCGUGGACUGCAAGAAGGACUUGUGCACGAGUUGCGUGGCAGAGCACAAGCGGGCCCAUUCCACACUCGACCAUAGGAUAAUUGCCACAAUCGAAGAUGAAGGUCAGCAGGAGAGUCAAGAACUGGAUAGAUAUAGCCUAUCGUUUUGCAAGUACCAUACUAGGAAUGUCAUCAAGUAUUUUUGCAACACGUGCGAUGAAGCCAUUUGUCGUGUUUGCACAAUUCUAGAGCACCGAGAGCACCAGUACGUCUACCCUAAGGAGGCUUUACCAGCCAGAAGGGGCGCCAUCGCAGAGCAGCUAGAACAAGCUAAGAUACGCAUACCUGAAUUGAAGAAAACGCUGUCCGGAGUGCAAGAAAUGUCAAAAAGGCUUACGGAGUGUAGAGAAGCAAUUGCAAAGGAAAUCAGUGAGAACGUGCAGGCACGAAUUGAAGCACUACGUGAGGGUCAAAACGAGCUCCUGAAGCACCUGGAUCAAAUUCAUGACGGGAAACAGAAAGUGUUGGGCUUGCAAAAGGACAGUAUUGAGUUGGAACUGGGAAAGCUUGCAGGCUGUUGCGAGUUUGCUGACAACGUCUUAAAGUUCGGCAACGAAGUGGAGGUUCUGCAGAUGAAAGGGCGCUUAGAAUCCUUGAAUGGUGUAAAGAUUCAGUUCGAGCCCGAAGAAGAUGACACAAUUCAAUAUGUUCACGAUCCAGCCACAAAGAAGACUGUGUCGGAGUCACUCGGGAGCAUUCGGGCAAGUAGCACUUUUGCCUCGAUCUCAUACGCUAGUGGAGAUGGGAUCCAUACUGCGCGUGUCAAAAUGGAGACAACUUUCCGGCUGACCACCAAGGAUCGACAUGGCAAAAGGUGUAAAGGAGGAGACAGGGUCACAGUGGACAUAAGCCAACCCGAUGGGAUACCUCUGUCGUCAACGAUCAGGGAUGAAGGUAAUUGGGUGAAAACAAUUGUCUUUCAAAAGUCGUAAAAAUACAACCAAGGUAACUAUAAUUGCCAAUCAGGAAAUGGAAAAUUAACGCAAGGAUCUGAGACAAACUCAGUGAAAACAUUUAAAAGUCCUUAAGCGCGGAAAAACAAGAGCGACCCAGUUGUUGGUAGUUUUAGUUUUGCAUCUCAUUGCUCAAACAGUUAACACGAAAUUUUCCAGAAAACCGCGGAACGUAGUGAAUCAAAACCAAUGCAAUCAAGAAUGGCUUUAGACAUUUCAUUGAGAAUUAUUGUCUCUGGUGGUUCAGUUUGUAAAUGUUUCCUUUCAAGCUAGAGUUGUAAAUUCGAUUCCCGGGUUGAUACACGCGCAUGCGAUAAACACCAAACCAAAUAGGAUCUUUUCUUUCUUUAUUCCUUUUCCUAUUCCUCGGGGCGUUAUUAAAUCGAAGCGGUCAACUGAAAUUAUUACGUAAAGAAAUUACCUAAGUAUUAUGAUUAUAGCUUAAGAAUAAUCUCGAUUUUGGAAACGAGCACGUGGCAAUUAAAGGGAUCAAAGGAAAGGUAAAAAACGAGCGAUAAAUUUUACUUUGUGUAACGAUUACGAGCUAGAUAACAUAAUCGCAAAACUAGUUAUUGCUUACCAACGUUCGCGGGUCUUGAUUACUUUAUCGAGGAUUACAGUCUAACUUGUCUUCUAUUCAAAACGAUCUUGAUCACACGGGGUCUUAUCUUGAACUGAAACGCUUUCUAUAAUUUUUUGCCUAAAGAGAACUAAUCACGGGGGCGUCAACCUAACCAAAAAAUAUUUCCCAGCUUUUCUCUGAAGCGGUAACACUUAGCUUCAAAGGAAGCAGUUAGACAGUUUUGAUAAGGUAUUAGAAAUAAUCCUGAUUGCUGUUACUUUCUUUGAAACCACGUUCUUUGAUUCGCUUUGAACUCUUGCUGGCUCCUUAACCUUUUACACCCUAAAGCACAAUCUUCAUACUGUUCUCCAUCCAUUUUUUACAUGCUGAAGAGGACAAUUUGUUUAACAAUUAAGAGCCUCUUUCGUUACUGAUCAUUUCCUGAGACUAAGGGGCGAUAUUGAGGGAUAAAUUAGAUGAGACUGAAGGGGGGUUAAUCGAUCAAAUAGGACCAAUCAGGAACGUUUCUAAAGCCCUGCGUCAAUCGCUCUGACGAAGGGCUAAGCCCUUCGUCAAUCGCUCUGACGAAGGGCUAACGCUCGAAACGUCAGCUUUUUUACCCUUUACGUUGGCUAAUUUACGUUUUCAACUCAGUUGUUAACGCUAGAUUACCAAUCAGGAACUGAUCGCUUGUGGUUUCUCGGAGUUAAGACCGCUUGUAAGUUCUGCACAUUGGCUUUGAGUAUUCCCUAACGCAUCUAUCUUAUCUCAUCUUAUUGAGGUUACUUUGAUCUUAACCAACAACAGUCAGCCGAAAGACACAGUUUACCUCAAAGCUUUUUCACUUGUAAACUCUAUACGGAAGUGUAAUUUCACAACCACUUCCUUGUUAGACUAAUCGAGUUAUUAAUCGUUUCUGUUACAGGAGAUGGCACCUACACUGUGACUUACAUGCCAGAAGUGAAUGGUAAACAUGAAGUCUCUGUCGCUAUUCAGGACAAGCCGAUCAUGGGAAGCCCCUUCACUGUGCUUGUUGUCAACCGCCGAGAAUAUGCCGACGUUGGCCCGACACUUCAUCGAUUUGGACAGUAUGGCAGCAAAAAGCGCGAGUUUAAAUCCCCUUUCGGCGUGGCGGUUGACAACGAGAGCUACAUCUAUGUAGCCGAUAGCUAUAAUCACCGGAUACAAAUAUUCGGUCCACGGGGAGAAUUCGUUUCACAGUUUGGUUCUCAUGGGGAACGCAAAGGAGAGUUUAACUGCCCGACGGACGUCGCUCUGGAUAGUAAGGGAAGAAUCAUUGUCUGUGAUAAUGGCAACAAUAGAAUCCAGGUCCUUAGUCGGAAUGGCGCAUUUAUCGGAAAAUUUGGCCGUGAGGGUACGGGAAACGGUUACUUUAAAUCCCCCUGGGGGGUUGCGACCUCCCGAAAGAAUGAUAUCCUAGUUGCUGACAUGGAGAAUCACCGGGUGCAAGUUUUCUCUUCCGACGGGAAAUUCUUGACAAAAAUUGGCUGUUUUGGCGAUCGCGCAGGGCAGUUUAACUCUCCGUGUUACCUCCUUGUCAAUCCGGAAGAUGACCAUAUAUUCGUUUCUGACUCCAAAAAUCAUCGCAUCCAAGAGUUCGACAAAAAUGGGAAGGUUCUCCGCCAAAUUGGAUCCCAAGGAACUGGAGAGGGGCAGUUUUCACAUCCCCGUGGGUUAGCCAUCGAUAUCGCCGGUAAUCUCGUGAUAGCUGACAUGGGAAAUCAUCGUUUGCAGAUAUUGGCUGCGAACGGUAAGUUUGUAAAGGAGGCUGGCUCCGAGGGUAGCGGAGACGGACAGUUGUCUUUUCCAGAGAGCGUUGCGAUAAUGCCAAAUAGCGGAUACAUUGUUGUGUCAGAUCUUAGCAAUAACCGCAUUCAAGUGUUUUAAACAAGAAACUUCAUAUUAACGUAAUAAACUCUAAGCUGUGCGGAGAAUGGCUCGUAUAUUCAACUUUACGGCUCAACUGUAAGGGAACGUUAUUUUUUUUUUCCCAAGAAAAACAUAAGGUGCUACCAACGCUUCCUUCCUAUUAGAUGAAAAUCGGGAAAUGAUUAGAUUCAUCGUUUCCCUUUUUGCUGUGAUCAUAUAUGAUGUGAUGUGAUUCUACGCGGUAAACGUUCAAGAAUAGAUUCAAGAAUGAAUUAUUUCACAAUUGAAAAAAACAAAGAAAAUAAAACAAAUCAGUUUAAAAAAUGUGUAAAGAAAUGAACCCUAAAACUAUAAGUAAGUUAAAAGUGAUCCUUUUGUGUAUAUGAUAUAUGUUAUUUAUUUAUGAAUACAAAGCGCUUUCGAUUGAGUGUCACAAUACAAAACUAAAGUAAUCCUAGUUAGUAAAUGAGAAGUCAGAGCAAAACCAGGCAAAAGGGAAAUUCGAGUAACCAAAUUACGAUAAUUAUUAUAAGUGUUGUAUGAGAUUGGCUGCAAAGUUAUCUAAUGAGAAGUUGGUUAAUAAGUUAUUAAAUAAAAAUAUGGGUAAAUUAAUAGAUAUAUGUAAUUUUAACUGCUUCUCUGAUCUUCAUAUCUAUUUACGUGUAGUUCGAUUUCUUUUUGGUAUGGUUAACUGAGUUCAAUACUUACUAUUAUACGAAUAUCUCAUUGUUGUUUAUUAAAAGUUUUAUUGCAAGUAAUGUAUCGUUACUAAAUUAAAUUCUGUGUUCCAAAAAUUUUAUUACAAAAUGUUGUAAAAAAAAUAAAUAAAUAAAAAAAGUUAGUGUACAAUUAAAAUUUAGCACAUUUAGAUGACACUUCAUAUAGAAAGUGAAAUUAACAUCAUCUUGAUAGUCUGACCGAACAAUAUCAUCAAUAUUAUACUCACAUUUUGUAUGCAGAGUUUAUUUUGUUAAGACUAUUUACAUGACAGUUAAAGUUAAGUAAAAUAUAUUUAAAAUUCCAGAUGUGAAUUGAAUCACCUAAAUUGUAGUUACUGACAAAUAAUUUGGGUU